AGCAACUGCAUGUUUUCUUAACUUUUUCCGUCACUAGCCGUUAAAUGACAGUCGGCUCGUAUUUGCGUCAGCAGCCAACUUCACGUGACUGAUGUUCGCAAGAGAAUCAAAAGACCACAAACAGCUGAUUAAAUGACGGUCUGGCAGCACGCACGGUUUUUCAGGUAAUCGCGACAAAAUUAUUUUAUAAACAUGCAAAAAUAUGAUAAAAUGGAGAAGAUUGGCGAGGGCACUUACGGUACGGUGUUCAAGGGCCGUAAUCGAGACACAAUGGAAAUUGUGGCACUAAAAAGAGUACGUCUAGACGAGGACGACGAGGGUGUGCCAAGUUCCGCGCUGAGAGAAAUAUGCUUACUAAAGGAAUUGAAGCACAAAAAUAUAGUUCGACUCUGUGAUGUGUUGCACUCCGAUAAAAAAUUGACAUUGGUAUUCGAGCACUGCGAUCAGGACCUGAAAAAGUACUUUGACAGCUUAAAUGGAGAAAUCGAUAUGGCCGUUUGUCGUAGUUUUAUGCUGCAACUGUUGCGCGGCUUAGCCUUCUGUCACAGCCACAACGUUCUGCAUCGGGACUUGAAACCGCAAAACUUGCUCAUCAACAAGAACGGCGAACUGAAGUUGGCCGACUUUGGUUUGGCCCGUGCCUUUGGCAUACCCGUCAAAUGCUAUUCUGCCGAGGUGGUAACGCUGUGGUAUCGUCCGCCCGAUGUGCUCUUCGGCGCCAAGCUCUACACUACUAGCAUCGAUAUGUGGUCAGCGGGUUGCAUAUUGGCCGAAUUAGCAGAUGCAGGUCGUCCGCUAUUUCCCGGCUCUGAUGUACUCGAUCAACUGCUGAAAAUAUUCCGGGUGCUUGGCACACCAACUGAAGAAUCCUGGCCCGGUGUCUCGCAUCUCUCCGAUUACGUUGCGCUUCCAUCUUUUCCACCUAUUACAUCGUGGAGCCAACUUGUACCAAGACUGAAUACCAAGGGCCGUGAUUUAUUGCAAAAACUGCUUGUUUGCCGUCCGAAUCAGCGAAUUAGUGCGGAAGCUGCCAUGCAGCAUCCGUAUUUUACAGAUAGCUCCUCUUCGAGUCAUUAAUGUGGCAAUCAAGUUAACUUGUAGUUCUAACGACUGUUUCAAUAAUAUAAUAUAAUAUAAAUUGUAUGUAUAUUUUA